AUGGGGCCCCAGGGCAAUAGGGGAUCAUGGGGCCCCUGUGUCCUUCCCAAACUCAAAAAAGCCUAUGAAAAAGGUACCAGGGGCAUCUCAUGGGGCCCCCUACUGACCCCGGGCCCUCGGGCAGUGUCCGAGUUUCCAAAUGGUCAGUCCGCCCCUGGUAGGGGGCCCCAUGAGAUGCCCCUGCAGGGGCGGACUGACAACUCAUGGGGCCCCCGGGCAAUAGGCGAUCAUGGGGCCCCUGUGUCCUUGCCCAAACUCAAAAAAGCCUAUGAAAAAGGUACCAGGGGCAUCUCAUGGGCCCCCUACUGACCCCAGGCCGUCGGGCAGUGACUGAGUUUCCAAAUAGUCAGUCCGCCCCUG